CACAAGAGUCAUUCAUUUGAGUGGAAAUCUCAGAGCAGUUGGACAGGCGGAAAAAAGGACCUCUUUAUCACUCAGGAUUAAAAUGUUUAGGCCAGCACGGGUGCCAUCGGCCUCAAGAUCUCUGAAUCCAUUCACAGUAUGUUUUGCUGUCGUCGCAGUUUUGGUGCUCCUGGCAGUAACCACAGCUCUACUUGUCUACUUUUUAGCUUUUGGUCAAAAAUGUUACUUUUACAGUGGCAGCUUUGAAAUCCUAAAUGUUCAAUAUAGUGAUGAGCUAAAUUCAUCAGUUACACAGAAAUAUAGGACUUUGAGUGGAAAAAUUGAGUCUACGAUUACUAGAACAUUCAAUGAGUCAAAUUUAAGGAAACAGUUCAUCAAAGUUCAUGUUGUCAAACUGAGGCAAAGUGGUAGUGGUGUGAUAGCAGAUACUGUCAUGAAAUUUAAAUUCACCAGGAAUAACAAUGGACCAUCAGUGAAAAGGAGAAUUGAGUCUGUUUUAAACCAAAUGCUGAGUAACUCUGAAAACUUGGCAAUGAAACCUCCAACUGAGUUAAUAGAAAUAACUGACCAGGAUACAGAAAAUAUUUUAACUCAAGAAUGUGGGAUGCGUCCAGACCUAAUAACAUUGUCUGCAGAGAGAAUCAUAGGAGGCACUAAAGCUAAGGAAGGAGACUGGCCAUGGCAAGUCAGUUUACAGUGGAGUAAUCGUCACCGCUGCGGAGGUGUCUUGAUCAGUAACAGGUGGAUUCUGACAGCAGCUCACUGCUUCAGAAGGCACUCUGAUACUCUUCUGUGGACUGUCAACUUUGGUAUUUCCACAACAUUUCCUAAAGAGAAAAGAGGAAUAAGGACUAUUUUAAUCCAUAACAAUUAUAAACCUGAAACUCAGGAAAAUGAUAUUGCACUUUUACAACUUGAUAGAGAAGUCACCUUUAACAGAAAUAUCCAUAUGGUGUGCCUCCCAGACGCUAGCCAGAAUAUUCCACCUGGUUCCACUGUUUAUGUAACAGGAUGGGGAUCUCAAAGAUACAGCGGCAGCACAGUUACACAUCUAGAACAAGGACGGGUCAAUAUAAUAAGUAAUAAUGUAUGUAAUGCACCAUCCAGUUAUAAUGGAGCCAUCCUGCCUGGAAUGCUAUGUGCUGGACUACCUCAAGGUGGAGUGGAUGCAUGCCAGGGGGACUCUGGUGGCCCACUAGUACAUGAAGACGCACGGCAGCUCUGGUUCCUCACGGGGAUAGUAAGCUGGGGGUAUCAAUGUGGUCUGCCAAAUAAGCCAGGGGUAUAUACUCUAGUGACAGCCUACCGUGACUGGAUAACCCAAAACACUGGGAUCUAGUGCAAUAAAUAACAUCUCUGUUGCAGAGUCUGAAUGCAGGUGUGCCUGUCUAAAAUUCUAAAACUUUUCAGCUGCAAAAAGAAACACUGUCCUAUUUUAACAUUCUGUUUCAUAAAUACUAAAGAUUAAAUACUAUUUAACUUUUAGCUGUUACUAUGGGUUUUAUAUUUUCUCAAGAAAAUUAUAUGAAUGUUGCAUAGUACUGUGCCAGGGGGAACACUGUAAACUAGUUACAGAGGUAACAAUUAUACUAUACUUGUGAUAACAUAAAUGCUAGUAGUGAGAGAAACAGAUACCCUGAGAGUGGAAACUAAAGGAAACUGCACAAGUCUGCAAGGUCAGAGGAGUUUCCUCUGUGGAAGUCUCAUCAAAGCUGAUAAAUGGGUAAAGUAUACAAACUGGCAAAGGAAGAAGUUGUAGAUAACAUUUAAGACAGAAAGGCAAGAAAAAUAUGAGGCAAGAAAAAUACUAUAUUUUGAGAAACGAAAUUGAGUUAUUUGUAGUGAGGUGGAUGGACCUAGAGUCUGUCAUACAGAGUGAAGUAAGUCAGAAAGAGAAAAACAAAUGCCGUAUGCUAACACAUAUAUACGGAAUCUAAAAGAAAAUGGUUCUGAAGAACCUAGGGGCAGGACAGGAAUAAAGAUGCAGAUGUAGAGAAUGGACUUAAGGACACGGAGAGGGUGAAGGGUAAGCUGGGACGAAGUGAGAGAGUGGCGUGGACAUAUAUGCACUACCAAAUGUAAAAUAGAUAGCUAGUGGGAAGCAGCCGCAAUGCACAGGGAGAUCAGCUCGUUACCUUGUGUCUACCUAGAAGGGUGGGAUAGAGAGGGAGGGAGGGAGACUCAAGAGGGAGGGGAUAUGGGGAUAUAUGUAUACCUAUAGCUGAUUCACUUUGUUAUACAGCAGCAACUAACACAACAAUGUAAAAAGCAAUUAUACUCCAAUAAAGAUGUAAAAAAAAAAGAAAAAUAUUAUUUUUUAAAAUUUCUGGUUACUUAAUAUUUUAUAGGAGGCAUUACAUCCUAAAAGUACAAGUAUGAAGUCAUUGUACAGUCCUACAGCAAUCUUAAUUACCCUGUAAGAACAUGCUCCCAUAGGAACUAACCAAUGAAUUUCAGGCAUUUACAAUCAAAGCUAGAAUAUUCACUCCUCACCAGAGACCCAAAGAAUUAUAAUUUUCAUGAUAACUUUUAUCUAAAAUAUUCUUUAUCUAUGUGAAUGAGAGAAUUUAUCGUCUCCAUGGUAGGGGGGAGCGGGGGGAAUGGGAAGAGUGGGUUUGCAAAUAAAAACCACAAAAAGUUAAAUAGCUUAAUUUCAAUAAAAUUAUCUUAAUGAAGAAACUUUUCUCUCUCUCCUUCUUUCUCUUUCUCCCUCUCUCCUGCCUUCCCUCCCUUAAACACACACACACACACACACACACACACACACGCACACACACACGUACA